UAUUAAGGCUAGCGGCUAAACUGAAGAUGAAUUGCGAAUAGGCUCGCAUCGUACUUUCCUUCCCUUGCAUUGCCUUUCCGUGCCGUACCUGCUGCGUCAGGUUUAGAAACGUCGUGUGGGGGAGCUGACGAAGGUUGAUUCAACGGGGUUUCCUCGAGCAGAAUACAACGUACAAAUUUGGAAGGUUGAGUUUGCACCUGAGACACUCCUUGAAUAGGUCGGUCCUAGAGAUUGAGCUAUUUCAGCUUUUGUGAUUUGAAGAGUGGGCGGAGGAAGAGGAACCCGCAAGAGAAGCAGCACCAUCGAAUCUUCAAGGUGGAAGGUACAGCUUGGUCGGAAUGAAUACGGAGAAGGGUUUCCAGGAUCGAGGUGAAGGCUGGGCUGUUCGGCGCUUCUCGUAGGCACCAGGUGAUAAGUCACCUUAUGAGUCUUGCCACUGUAGUUAUCAUUACCUAGGGAGAAAGGACCGGAGCCGACGAUUUCGAGGCAUUACAGAGACUUUUUAUAACAGUAUCUAACCUUCGAGCCCAUGAGAACUAGCCCUAGAAGAAAGAAUUGGAACUGAAGCGGUCGUUGGUGACUUCGGCGGAUCUUAUUUAUGUGAAGAAUUUUGUCAUUCGUAGAGACGAUUGUGUAGACGAAUUGAACGGCCGUGAUCACUAGACCGGAUCGAAUCUACCUGGUAUGGAUAGCGUGACUACUGUUAACAAACUUGCAACGUAACACGCGAAGGACUCCGUGGAAUCAGAUCCACUUCAAUGUGACUAUCGAAGGCGAGAGAGGUCUUUUGAAAAUUCAGCUCACAUUGGUGUUAAUGUGGAAUGUGAUUACUGCCUCAAGGUUCUAACCUGAGAAGAGUCCUUGUGAAGAUCGCAAGAAACUGGCAGCUUAGAGUGUGCUGCUUGAUCAGGGUACUUUGAUAGCCGUGGAGGAGGUGAAAGUUUUCGAGUUAGGUGUCAGGAGUUUCACUUUGGAAUGUGCACGACCCUAAACCCUGAAUUUUCUGUACUGUCACAUUAGGUACUAUGCCGAAUCCUAUCUAAAGCUUCUUCGAGUUCUUCUUGAGUACAUUCCACUCUACGCCACCAUUUCUUCCCCACUAGCGCUAAACUGAAUUAUUUCUCGUCUGGAGUGAAGAUUUCAGCUGCACCAUGUCUCCGUAAAGAUAAAGUUCACUCCCAUCACAGUGACUGUGGUCGAAGACUGGUCAAGAAAUCCUCGUGGCCAUCUAUUCAAAAUUAUCAUAUCACCGUGGCGCUGUACCACUGGAGUGCAACCUCUAUGUCAGAACUGACCUUCGGAGUGUACAAUUUCUUCGGAGGUUUUGGUCAAAGGCAGGUAUUGAUUGACCCCCUGGUAAAGUAUUGUGCACAGACGUAGUACAGUCUGCACACCCAAACUAGUUGAGCUCAAGUUUGGAGAGGCGCGCUUUGAAACCCUUACCUAUGCGAGGAUGAAAAAGCAGCAGCAGCACUGUAUUGCAAGCAUCGUGAACUGCCUUUGCUCGGGAAGUACAUUAACAGGUCGGUAUCGCUCGGCCCUUCUCGGUUAAAUGGGACUCCAGCUCGUUGUACUGCUCGCACAUGAUGACUACUUCCCCGUCAGAAAAUUCAAUCUUAAGGUGGCCUGAAGACUCUAGAGAAAAUUUGCGUCUAAGUGGUCCGGCCACAUCUUCGGAGAAGCCUCUUACUUCAUCUGGUCCUCAGCCAAUGGAUGGACUCCAGAGUAGUGGGCCUCCUCCUUUCCUCAAUAAAACUUAUGACAUGGUGGACGAUCCUGCCACAGAUGCAGUUGUUUCGUGGAGCAGUAGUAGCAACAGUUUCAUUGUGUGGAACCCCCCAGAGUUUGCUCGAGACCUGUUACCAAAGUAUUUCAAGCACAACAAUUUCUCCAGUUUUGUGCGGCAACUCAACACCUAUGGUUUCCGCAAAGUAGAUCCCGAUCGCUGGGAGUUUGCGAAUGAAGGAUUCCUCCGCGGCCAAAGACAUUUAUUGAAGAAUAUUCACCGCCGAAAGCCUGUGUCUCACAAUCAGCCUCAGCCGCAACCACCAUCGCAAAGUUCAACUCUUGGGCCCUGUGUAGAGGUAGGCAAAUUUGGUUUGGAAGGGGAGAUUGAACGCCUUAAAAGGGACAAGAACGUUUUGAUGCUGGAGUUGGUUAGAUUGAGACAACAGCAGCAGGCGACAGAGCGUGAAUUGCAGGUUAUGGGCCAGCGACUGCAGGUCACGGAACAGAGGCAGCAACAAAUGAUGUCCUUUUUGGCGAAGGCAAUGCAAAAUCCUAGCUUUCUGGCUCAGCUUGUGCAACAAGAGAACAGCAAACGUGUCGCCACUGACCGGAAAAGGAGGCGUUUACCGAAACAGGAAGGGGCUGGGGACUCUGGAAGCUCUGGGUCUGCCUCAGAAGGCCAAAUAGUGAAGUACCAGCCAAAUACAUCAACUGACUCUGCCCGAGCCGUCCUUUUGCAUCUGUUCAACAACACCGAAUCCACGACAAAGAUGGAAGCGAACAAUUCCUUUGAAGCCUUGUUCCGUGACAUGGGGUCAGGGCGCGCAGAAGAGUUGCAGGAGGGCAGCUCUUUGAACCGACAGUCCGGAGUAACUCUUACCGAGAUGCAUGUUCCUGUGACCGACGGGUUUCCCAUUUCAUCAGUCGACGAAUUGCCGGAGGAGACGGCUGCCUGUCUUACUCCCUCCUCUCCCAUCAUUGUUGCAGGGACACAAGUAGGAGCUCAAGCAACUGCUAACGUUCUAGAGGGUGGUAAUUAUCUGAUACAAUCCUCACUAACAGAUGUUUCCGCAAUAGAGAGCAAUGGACAAUCUGUAGCCCUGGAUUGUGGUAUCAGCAGCAGUGCCGGUCGUAUUUCUCCUGCAGACGAUGCAGGGACUGGCGUAGAUAGUGCGGGAGUCGCCCCAGGCAUAAAUGAUGUAUUCUGGGAGCAGUUUCUGCGGGGAAAUCCCGACUCUUCAGAAACUGAGACUGAGGAAACGGAAUUCGGAGAUAACGCUGCACGUGAAGGAGAAGGAGAACCUAUGGGGAGUGUACAAUGGUGGAGUAACAAGCCGAGUGUUGAUCAGCUUGCUGAACAGAUGGAGCAGCUUGCUCCAGGAUCGAAGCCUUGAGGUCAUAGUCAGCAGCUUAAUGGGAAGUGAAGUAGCGUUGGACAUAGUGAUGUAAUAUUUCUGGUUGCUCAAGCGGUAUUGCCUGUUGCUAGCAUCUGGAAGAAGUCGUCGGUGCAUGGUUCUGAGAGAGAAAAGUUGAAUGAGAACAGAGAGUAGAUGAUUGUGAAGCUAGGCAGCCUCGAUACACAUGAUAUGGAUCAUGCUUCUUGACGCACCUUUGACAGUUUUCUAAUUUUCUUUAUCUUUGUAAUUAUCACGAGUUUUGUGUCAUUGGUUUACCCUCUGUCUGGGAUCAGUUUGCUAUGUGUUUCUUUCUCAUCGUUGAGACUCUUGGUGAAUAAAU